AUGCCCAAACAAGUAUCCUUUUGCUUUUCUUCUUUUUUUAAAGGCGAACUCUUAUCCUACUAACCGGGGAACAGUUAAAACAUCGCUACCAACCAUCUACUCUGAGAUGGCGAAGCCUUCUUCUUCUUCGUCUGGCGGUGGAACAAACCUCGCUUCAUGCGCGGUCGCCGCCGUCUUCAUCGUCUUUGCUAUCAUAGCCGCGGUUACAGUUUACCUAACCGUCUUCAGACCGAGAGAUCCCGAGAUCUCCGUCACAAACGUCAAAGUCCCGUCGUUCUCCGUCGCCAACAGCUCCGUCAGCUUCAGCUACUCCCAGCUCUCCUCCGUCAGAAACCCAAACCGCGCGGCGUUCUCUCACUACAACAACAGAAUCGAGCUCUUCUACUACGGGAACCGGAUCGGUUUCAUUUUCAUACCCGCUGGUGAGAUCGAACCGGGUCAGACGAAGAGGAUGGACGCUAGUUUCUCCGUGGAUUCGUUUCCGCUCGCGUCUUCCUCUGCUUCUCGAAUCUCCGCCGCGGAUUUUCAGAGGCCUGGAUCCGGGUUGGUGGUGGGGGAGGAGAAUCGGGCCGGGUCAACAGUGGAAAUAGAGUCGAAGCUGGAGAUGGCGGGUCGGGUUAGAGUUCUGGGUCUGUUCACGCAUCAAAUCGCGGCGAAAUGUAACUGCAGGAUCGCGAUUUCUACUGUUGAUGGUUCGAUCGUAGCCGUCCGUUGUUGAUACCAGACUUUUGUAGCAAUUAAACAAAACUGUACAAGUGUUUCUUUACAGAACACAAAUGCAAAACUCUAGUAAAAACCCAGCUUGGGUUCUUUUCUGAAUCCUCAAGUUAGAAAAUUGCAAAUAUAAUUACAAAAUAUUUGUAACUUUAGGACAUUGCAUUACAAGUCACAAUGGUAAGGAGACUGACUUACAGGGAA